UCUCGUCUUCUACGGAAAUAUGUUUUGCGCAGGCGUGAACGUGAUCACAUUCCAGAGAUUUCGCAGCAGAGUCCAAAACACCUGAGAAAAACCCUGUCUGGUCCGUCAGUGCGUGACAGCACUGGUGUUUUGAGAUCCAUAGAGAUUCUUCAUUUUGGACGGCUCGUCUUAGCCACAGUCAUGGUGUGCAUUCCCUGUAUUGUGAUUCCUGUCCUGUUGUGGGUCUACAAGAGGUUCCUGGAGCCUAUCCUCUAUCCCUUCAUUUCACCAAUUAUUAAUACGUUCUGGACCAAAAAGGCGGUCCAGGAGACGGGCACUAAUGACCAAAAAGUUAGUGAAAAGAGUAAUGGAACUUACAAGCCUGAAAACAACGGUGAGGCCACUGCCAAUGGGUCUACUAUAGCAGCAGCAGCAGACAAGAAGACAGACUGACAGCUUUAAAUGUUUCUGAUGCAUCUAAAACAGUGUAAAUAUUCCAUUAAUAUAAUAUAGAUAAACGAUGAAUUAAUUUAUCUGUCUUCUUUGGAUGGAGUGCUUUUUAUUACCUUCCAAAAUUGUGUGAAUUUAAAUUUUUCUUUUUCAUUUCUAUUACAGUAACUUUAAGAAAAGGUUAUUGUUAUGAUGUUAUCCCUGUUCAUCAUGAAAUUAUAAAUGCAUUUACUUAACUGAAUAUUCAGUCUCAAUGGAAUAGUUUUUCUAAGUCAAACUUGUAGUUUAAUGAUCGAAUAAAAAAAAAAUUCUUCAAAUAAAAAAA